AUGGUCUUACCCGACGUGGGUAAACCCUUUGAGGUACAUUCUGAUGCCUCAGACUUUGCUAUUGAUGGUGUCUUAAUGCAGGAGAACCAUCCCGUGGCGUACGAGAGUCGGAAGCUCAAUGAGGCCGAGAAGAAAUACACUGUCCAAGAGAAGGAAAUGACGGCCAUUGUCCAUUGUCUUCGGACUUGGCGUCAUUACCUCCUCGGAAGCUCGUUCGUGAUCACUGGUCACAGUGGUCACAAUGUCACGCUUACGCUCGAGAGCUUGGAUGAGCGUCUCCGAGCCAUCGAAGAUCAAGAUGUACGAGUGGAUGACCUAGAACAAGAGAUCUCCGCUGUAGGUGGAAACACUAAGGAGAUGCUCGAGGACUUGGCAUGCCAACAACGGAUUGAUCGAGACAUGACCGACGACAACUUUCAGCUCGUGCGUGAAACGCACGACCGCGAGGUAGCAGAUUUGCGUAAUUUGAUUAACGAGUUGAAACUUGAGUGUAGGUUGCACAGGAAUGUGGCUCAGCAAGCCCUUGCUCCAGCCCCGACUCAAGUUCCUCACCACCCAGCCUUCAAAGUUCCCGAGCCAACACUCUUCAAUGGGACCCGAAGUGCUUCGGCGGUUGAGGGUUUCAUCUUCGCAAUGGAACAAUAUUUCGAUGGCCUUGGAGUCUUGGACGACUACUCACGUGUGAGGCAUGCUCCCACAUACCUCCGAGACCUAGCACAGCUUUGGUGGAGGCGUGUGUUGGCGGACCAAGAGAGAGGCGACCGACGUGUGGACACUUGGGCGCAAUUCAAAGCCGAAUUGCGUCGGCACUUUGUCCCGACCAAUGCGAUUGACGAGGCUCGGACUAGAUUCCGUAGACUUCGCCAAACAGGGAGUAUCUCGGACUAUAUUCGCGAAUUUUUUGCUCUAUUGCUGGAACUUAAUGAUAUUUCUGACCGUGAUGCUCUCUUUCACUUUAAGGAUGGCCUAAAGGAGUUUGCUCGUUUAGAAGUGAACAUGAGGGAUUCUCAAACCCUAAAUGAUGCCAUUGCGAUCAUAGAGAGCCUUCCGGACUACUCCAACAGACCCAACAACCAACAAGCACGACCUAGGGAUUGGAAUAGGCCUCGGCCUUCACACCAAAAUCGAGACCAAGCUCAAACCUAUAGGCCAAACAACACCCAAGGCUCCGGACAAGCGAGGGGGAAGUCUAAACCACAUAACCCUUGCUAUGUGUGCGGCGGCCCUCACUGGGUCCGAGAAUGUCUCAAGAGAACCAAGGUGAAUGCGAUGGAGACACAAGAUGAGCCGCGAUCCGACAAAGGCAAAGGCAAGAGCAAGAACAAAGGCAACGCCAUCGAAGAUGAUGCAGCCAUUGUCGAAUCAUUGCAUCAAUUUGGAACUAUGUCCAAACCUAGUCCAUCCGAGAAUGCAUUGGCCUCGGAGUCUCCUAACCGUGGCCUACUCUAUGCGGACAUCCUCAUCUACGGUAAGUCGGUUCCAGCUAUGUUUGACACCGGUGCAUCUCACAAUUUCUUGGAUGUAGGUGAAGCCAAGGGGCUUAAGUUGAAGCUUGAUGGAGAUGGUGGCUCGGUCAAGGCCGUGAACUCUCCAGCUCAAGCGGCUGCUGGUUUGGCUCGUGGUGUUCGGAUCCAAAUUGGAGAGUGGAUUGGGAAGACUGAUUUCACGGUCUUGCCCAUGGACGAUUUCCGAGUGGUUCUCGGACUUACCUUCUUUAGGUCGGGACAAGCCAACCAUAGUCACUCUAUGACCUGCCCCAAGGGACUCGACAACCAUCUCGGCCAUGCAGUUCAAGAGAGGCGUCAAAAGCUCAGAGUGCUACUUAGCCACUAUGUGAUGCCCUCGGAACUCCCCAAGAGGCUCCCACCGAGGCAUGGAGUGGAUCAUCAAAUCGAGCUCAUCCCCGGGUCAAAGCCAUCGGCAAUGGCUCCCUACAGGAUGGCUCCUCCCGAGCUAAACGAGCUCAAGAAGCAGUUGGAAGACCUCCUAGACGCAGGCUAUAUCCAACCCUCAAAGGCUCCAUACGGUGCACUCGUCCUCUUUCAAAAGAAGAAGGAUGGCUCCCUUCGGAUGUGCAUAGACUACCGUGCACUCAACAAGGUAACGGUCAAAAAUAAAUAUCCUAUACCCUUGAUUGCGGAUUUGUUUGAUCAGCUUAGGGAGGCUCGGAUCUUCUUCAAGCUUGAGCUUCGAUCCGGUUACUACCAAGUAAGAAUAGCCGAGGGAGAUGAGGCCAAGACCGCAUGUGUUACUAGGUAUGAGUCAUUCGAGUUUAAGGUAAUGUCGUUUGGUUUAACCAACGCCCCUGCUACGUUUUGCACUAUGAUGCAUGAGUUGUUUCAUCCCUAUCUAGAUAAAUUUGUGGUUAUCUAUCUAGAUGAUAUUGUCGUGUAUAGCAAGUCUUUGAGUGAGCAUGUAGGUCACCUUAAGGCGGUCUUGGAAGUGCUCCGAGAAAACGAGCUGUACAUUAAGCUUGAAAAAUGCUGCUUUGCUCAACCACAAGUGGAGUUCUUAGGCCAUUACGUGAAGGACGAACAGCUCCUAAUGGAUCUUAAGAAGGUCAAGUCAAUCCGAGAGUGGAACAAGCCGAAGGCAGUCCCGCAAUUACGGUCCUUUCUCGGUCUUGUAAAUUAUUAUCGUCGUUUUAUCCUUGGAUACUCAUCCAUUGCAGCUCCCCUCUCGGAUAUGCUCAAGAAAGAUAGGAAGUGGGCUUGGACGAACAAGUGUGAAGCUGCGUUCAACAAGCUCUGA